AUGGCUGACGCUGGGGAUGAACCUACCACCGCCUCCGAGCCUCUGGACCUCGUGCGUCUGCUGCUCGAUGAGGUCGUCUUCGUCAAGCUCAGAGGCGACCGCGAGCUCAAGGGGAGACUUCAUGCCUAUGACAGCCAUUGCAACUUGGUAAUGGGCGAGGUGGAGGAGACUGUCUACGUGGUGGAUGACGAUGCAGGCGAUGACGACGACGUCAAGACCGUCAGCAAGAGGUCCGAGAUGCUCUUCGUCCGAGGUCAGUCGAUAACCACUUCCCUGGAUGGAGCCCCUACUGACGCCUUCGAACAGGCGAUAGUGUCGUGCUGA